AUGUCGAAUCAACACUUCGUUGAAAGUAUUGAGCAAGAGAAGAGGGAAUCGACCAACAUAAAAAACCAGGAGAUCAUGCAUCAACCAAAUUUCUCAAAGGAUGCACAGGACAAGGAAGCCCAGACUGCAGUUGUCACAGUCCUCGACGAUUCAUCUGUCAAUUCCUCGCAGGAUGGUCCGGCCAAUACGCUCCCUCCUGUCCCGCUGCAGAUGAAGAUGCUCAGUGUUUUGUUGGUUUCCUUCAUUGGCUUCGGAUCGCAAUGGAGUAGUGGUGUUAGCUCUGCUAUGAAGUCGACUAUGAAGAAGGAAUUGCACAUCAAUAAUACACAGUUCUCCCUCCUCGAAGCCAGCGAAGAUUUCAUGUCCUCGGCUCUAAUCCUCCUCACCGGCAUCUUCACUGAUCGGCUCGGCGGCACUGGAUGUAUCGUCUACGGCAACAUCAUCUAUACGAUUGGCUCCGUCUUCAUUGCAGGCGCUGCAGAAAUGCGCAGUUAUAAGUUCAUGGUUGUGGGCAGAGUAGUAGCGAGUUUUGGCGACAUUGCUACGCAGGUCGCGCAGUACAAGGUUUUUAGCAGUUGGUUUCCACCCAGUGCGGGCUUUGCUAGUACCUUGGGAUUUGAACUAGGCAUCAAGAAGAUUGGAGGAUUUGUUGGCAAGUCGACUGCUAAUAUCAUUGCCAAGGUAAGCACGGCUUUCAUAUCUCCUUCCUGCUUCCUCAUGAAGGGUGAAAGGUACUGA